UUUUUUUUUUCUUAUACUAUGACUGCAUCCAGAGAGCCCCAAACAUUUAGCAGAAAAGAGUUUGAAAAGAUCAAUCAACAGGUCAAGGAUGGUGAUAAAGACGCAAAGAAAUACAUUGUGAUUGAUAAUAAGCUUUACGAUGUCACUGAUUUUGUCGAAGAUCAUCCUGGUGGACAAGAUGUUUUGUUGACCCAUGUAGGCAAAGAUGCUUCAGAUGUCUUCCAUGCCAUGCAUCCUGAUUCAGCCUACGAAAUUUUGGGAAAUUAUUAUGCUGGUGAUUUAGAACCUUUACCAGCUUCGGUCGAUAAACAAGUUGAGAAUUCAGCUCAAUUUGCUGCCGAAAUUCGUGAAUUGCGUGAUAAUCUUCGUAAGGAAGGUUAUUUCCAUUCUAGCAAACUCUUUUACGCUUAUAAGGUCUUUUCUACCUUGGGUCUCUGUGCUGCUGGUCUCAGUCUUUUAUAUGCCUACGGUCGUACCUCCACUCUUGCUGUUGUCGCUUCUGCCUUCAUCGUCGGUAUCUUUUGGCAACAAUGCGGUUGGUUGGCUCAUGAUUUCGGUCAUCAUCAAUGCUUCCAAGACCGUAAAUACAAUGAUAUUUUGGUUGUUUUCCUUGGUAACUUUUGUCAAGGCUUUUCAUUAUCAUGGUGGAAAAAUAAGCACAAUACACAUCACGCAAGUACUAAUGUUCACGGCCAAGAUCCCGAUAUCGAUACCGCACCCGUUUUGUUAUGGGAUGAAUAUGCUUCUGCCGCCUUUUACGGUGCUUUAGAUGAAGAGCCUACCAUGAUGUCACGUUUUAUUGCUGAAAAUGUCUUGCCUUACCAAACCCGUUAUUAUUUCUUUGUGCUUGCCUUUGCUCGUUUCUCCUGGGCUGCUCAAUCGUUCAUCUAUUCUUUCAACACGGGUGCCAUUAAUAAGUCUGCAGCACUCAACCUCUACGAACGUACCUCUCUUGUUUUACAUUGGGUUAUUUUCAGUUAUGCUACGAUUGCCUGGAACAGCAGCAUUUACAACAUGAUCUUGUUCUUUUUGAUUAGUCAAGCUACUACGGGUUACACACUUGCACUUGUAUUUGCUUUAAACCAUAACGGUAUGCCAGUUAUUUCUGCAGAAAAGGCAGAGACCAUGGAGUUCUAUGAGAUUCAGGUCGUGACAGGUCGUGAUGUGUCUCUUUCCCCCUUAGGUGACUGGUUCAUGGGUGGUUUGAACUAUCAAAUUGAACAUCACGUCUUUCCCAACAUGCCUCGUCACAACCUUCCCAAGGUGAAGCCCAUGGUAAAGGCCUUGUGUCAAAAAUACGAUAUUUACUAUCAUGAUACAGGUUUCAUUAAGGGUACUUUGGAAGUAUUAAAGACUUUAGACGUUGCUUCAAACAUGUCUUUACAAUUAAGCAAAAAGGCAUUCUAAAUAAAAAAAUAAAAAAAACUUUCUUAUACCACAU